GGCAGCGGCGAAGGCUGCCGUGGGGAGGGAUGGAGAGGGGAGGGGGGAGCGGAGCUGAGUGGAGACAGCCGCGGCGCUGCAGAGCGGCUGGGGCGGCGGCGCGGCUCCCGGUGCUCCCCCCGGCGCGCGCCCCGAGUCGGUGAGGGCCCGGCCCGGAGGCCCCCGGAGCCAUGGGCUGCAUCGGCUCGCGGACUGUGGGAAACGAGGUGAUCGCAGUGGAUUGGAAGGGCCUCAAGGAUGUUGACCAAAUCAACAUGGACAGUACCAGCUCUCUGCAUGGAAGCAGCCUCCAUCGGCCAUCUACAGAGCAAACUCGAACUGAUUUCUCCUGGGAUGGCAUCAAUCUCUCCAUGGAGGACACCACUUCUAUUCUUCCGAAGCUUAAGCGAAACUCUAACGCCUAUGGCAUUGGAGCCCUGGCUAAAUCAUCAUUCUCAGGGAUCUCGCGCAGCAUGAAGGACCACGUGACAAAGCCCACAGCCAUGGGACAAGGUCGGGUAGCCCACAUGAUUGAGUGGCAGGGCUGGGGGAAGGCACCAGCCAUUCAGCCACAACACAGCCAUGAGGCAGUGCGCAGGGAUACCGACGCCUACUCUGACCUCAGUGAUGGCGAGAAGGAAGCCCGUUUUCUGGCAGGUGUCAUGGAACAAUUUGCUAUCUCUGAGGCCACACUUAUGGCCUGGUCUUCCAUGGAUGGCGAGGACAUGAGUGUCAACUCUACCCAGGAGCCAUUGGGCUGCAAUUACAGUGACAACUACCAGGAGUUGAUGGAGAGUCAGGAUGGCCUUGCUCAAGCCCCCAUGGAUGGCUGGCCUCACUCCUAUGUGUCCCAGGGCAUGUACUGUUUGGGGUCAUCGGAUGCCUGGGAAGCAAGCGACCAGUCCCUUAUUGCCUCUCCAGCUACAGGAUCCUAUCUUGGCCCUGCAUUUGAUGACUCACAGCCCAGCUUGCAUGACAUGGGGCCUUCCCACACUGCUUCGGCAUACUCUGCUCAGGAGCCUCCACCUUUGUUGGGGGAAGAAACUGACUGGGCUCCAGGGGUGGAUGGGGUGGACCUGGCAAGGGGCUCUGCCGAGGAGGAGAAGAGGCCAUUAGCCCCCGAGGAGGAAGAGGAUGCAGGAUGCCGGGACCUGGAGUCUCUUUCCCCACGAGAAGACCCCGAAAUGUCCACUGCUCUCAGUCGGAAGGUGUCUGAUGUCACAUCCUCAGGUGUGCAGUCCUUCGAUGAGGAGGAGGGUGAGGCCAACAACUAGCUUCUUCUCACUGCACUCCUGCCUAAGGGGCAUGGCUACAACCCAUACCCUCCCUUUCCCCAGCAGCACAGCUGAACCUGGGCAGAAGACAGCGGGGAACCUGGGAGCUUCCAGUCCUUUCCCAGAAAACAGAAGAUCAGAAUUGGGUUUCAUCCAGGCUUACACUCUGGAAACCACGGGUCUGGGAAGCCAGGUGACUAGAAGGUGGACUUGGUAUGACCAUGGGAGAAGGGUCCCUGGCCAGAGGCUUCCGGGUCUGUGCCCAUAAAGCCUGCAGAGUGUACAGUCUAAGGACCAGGGCACAGAGCAGCUGUGCUGGAGACUGGAUCUCAGUUCUUCACUCCUUGAUUUCGUCUUCCAGGAGCCUUGGCUGUACUGUAUGAAUGUCUCUUUUCCAUUUCACUCUUGCUUUUCCUGUCUCCUCUGGCUGUGACCCCCACCCACUUCUACUGCAAGAAGCAGACCUCAAGGGCUGCUAGCCAUAGGCCUAUCUGGCAUGCCUGCUGAGUAUGGCACUUCUA